AUGAGGCGUGAUAUCCCGAAACGUGUCGGGACAUGGGCGGUGGGAUAUUCGAUUCAUGAGUGGGAGGAUAUCCGCGAUAUCCUGAGAUAUCUCAGGCAUGCACAACAGCCCAGUGGUAUGAGAUAUCGCGAGACAUGGGAUGAAUUAAAUGAGAUAUCCCGUGACAUGGGGCAGUGGAUAUCUCCCCACUGCCCCAUGUCACAGGAUAUCUCACUCCACUGCCAUUCUCAGGAUAUCUCAUCCCUGCACAUGUCUCUCAGCAUGCCAUACAGCUAUGUCUCAGAAUAUCUCAUCCCUGCCCAUGUCUGUCUCGAGAUAUCUCACCUCGCUGCCCAUGUCCUGAAUCUCCAUAUCUCAUACCAUCCGCUGCCCAUGUCUCAGGAUAUCUCACCCCACUGCAAAUGUCCAUUCAUCUCGAUAUCUCAUCCCGCUGCCCAUGUCUCAGAUAUCUCAUCCCUGUCAAAUAUCUCAGAAAAUCUCAUCCCACUGCUGCCCAUGUCUCAGAAUAUCUCCUCCCUGCCACUCCCCAUGUCUCAGGAUAUCUCAUCCCACUGCCCAUGUCUCAGAUAUCUCACCCCGAUAUAUCUCAUCCCACUGUGUCUCAGGAAUAUCUCAAUCUUAUCCAAAUGCCUAUCUCGAAUAUCUCCCCACUGCCCAUGUCUCAGGAUAUCUCACCCCCUGCUGCCCAUGUCUCUAUCUCACUCCUCCCAUGUCAUCCCUGCCCAUGUCUCAGGAUUUCUCAUCCCGCUGCCCAUGUCUCGAUAUCUCAUCCCACCCCAUCUCCUCCUCCCAUGCCCAUGUCUCAUGUCUCCCCCGCUGCCCCAUAUCUCAUAUCUCAUCCCUUGCCCAUGUCUCGGAAUAUCUCAUCCCAUUGUCUCAGGAUAUCUCAUCCCACUGCCCAUGUCUCAGAUAUGUCUCAUAUCAUCCCUGCCCAUGUCUCAGAAUAUCUCAUCCCAGAUAUCUCCCACCCAUGUCUCAGAAUAUCUCACCCCCCCAUGUCUCAGGAUAUCUGCCCAUGUCUCGAAUAUCUCCUCCACUGCCCAUGUCUCAGAAUAUCUCAUCCCACUGCCCAUGUCCCCUCAUGCCCAUGUCUCAGAUAUAUCUCAUCCCACUGCCCAUGUCUCAGAAUAUCUCAUCCCCUCACCCAUGUCUCAGAAUAUCUAUCUCCUCCCACUGCUCAUGUCUCUCGGAAUAUCUCACCCCCCCGCUGCCUAUGUCUUCGAAUAUCUCAUACCACCACCCAUGUCUCGGAUAUCUCCUCCCACUGCCCAUGUCUCAUAUCUCAUCCCACCAAUGUCUCAGAAUAUCUCAUCCCAUUGCCCAUGUCUCAGGAUAUCUCAUCCCACUGCCCAUGUCUCAGAAUAUCUCACCCCACUGCCCAUGUCUCAGGAUAUCUCAUCCCACUGCCCAUAUAUCCAUGUCUCACCUCCACCCCCGCCCAUGUCUCGAAUAUCUCCUCCCACUGCCCAUGUCUCAGAAUAUCUCACCCCCUGCCCAUGUCUCGGAAUAUCUCAUUCCACUGCCCAUGUCUCAAUAUCUCAUCCCACUGCCCAUGUUUCAGAAUAUCCCACUGCCCAUGUCUCAUCAUCCCAUCCCACUGCCCAUGUCUCAAUAUCUCAUCCCACUGCCCAUGUCUCCAGGAUAUCUCAUCCCACUGUCUCAGAUAUAUCUCCCAUGUCUCGGGAUAUCUCAUCCCGCUGCCCAUGUCUCGGAAUAUCUCAUCCCACUGCCCAUGUCUCGGGAUAUCUCAUCCCACUGCCCAUGUCUCGGAAUAUCUCAUCCCACUGCCCAUGUCUCGGAAUAUCUCCUCCCACUGCCCAUGUCUCGGAAUAUCUCACCCCGCCGCCCAUGUCUCGGAACAUCUCAUCCCACUGCAAAUGUCUCGGAAUAUCUCCUCCCACUGACCAUGUUUCGGAAUAUCUCACCCCGCUGCCCAUGUCUCGGAAUAUCUCAUCCACUGCCCAUGUCUCGGAAUAUCUCAUCCCACUGCCCAUGUCUCAGAUAUCUCAUCCCACUGCAGUCAUCCCGCUCCUGGAAUAUCUCAUCCCACUGCCCCAUGUCUCCCAGAAUAUCUCAUCCCAAUAUCUCAUCCCUGCCCAUGUCUCAUCCCCCUGA